CUUUCGUUACCCCCUCCUUAUCAUCUCUCUCUCUCUAACAAAAAGUCAGCGCCUUCUUUUGUCUCUCUCCUUCUUUUCUCUGUCCUCAAACAGUCAUAGCUAGCAGACACUAGGUACAGAUUCAGAAGCCUUGUCUCUCUCUCUCUUCUCAUGGAGGACGAUUGGGAUCUUCAAGCGGUGGUCAGAGGCUGCUUCACCGCCACCACCACAAGCAACACCACUACAACAUCCACCAGAGCCUCCUCCGCUGCCGCCACCACAAGUCUCAACAUCUCUGGCUUCCAUUCAAACCCAGCAGCUGCUUCCUUCUCUUCAUUUGAUCAAACUUCUCAACAACAGCAACUCCUCUUCUCUCUUCCACUUCCAGAUCCCAUCAUUAAACCCAGAAGUGCCAUUGAAGAACUACAUGACCUUUGCAGGCCCUUCUACCCCAAAUCUCAGCCUCCUCUGUCCUCCCCACAAAUCACACCACCCACUCUCUCUCCCUUGGCUUCUCUCUCUUCUCUGACCACACCCGAAGAUCAAACACAUCCCAUACAAUAUCACCGCCAACAACAAACCCAGCACUCCAAGCCAUCGUCUUCCACCACCGCACGAUCCAAAAAAAGAAAGAACCAGCUUAAAAAAGUGUGCCAAGUUCCGGCGGAGGGUCUCUCUUCAGACAUAUGGGCAUGGCGGAAGUACGGCCAAAAGCCCAUCAAGGGCUCCCCAUAUCCAAGGGGAUAUUACAGAUGUAGCAGCUCAAAGGGUUGUAUGGCCCGGAAGCAAGUGGAGCGGAACAAGUCCGACCCGAAUAUUUUUAUAGUCACCUACACGGCGGAGCACAACCACCCGGCCCCGACUCACCGCAACUCGCUCGCCGGCUCCACGCGCCAGAAGCCCCUCUCCCCACAAACAACCACGGGCGGUGACUCUGCGAAACCCACAUCUCCGACAACCUCGGCUUCCGUGGACGAGGAGCCUAUCGUUGCAGCUCGGAGUACGACCGUGGAAAGCAGCUGCAAGGAGGAGAAGGGGAGUCCUUUGAUUACCGACGAGGAGGACGAGUUGUUGGGGAUGUGCGGCUCGGUAGUGAGUGACGAUUUCUUUGUAGGGUUGGACGGUCUGGCCGAAGAUUACUUCUCCGAUCACUCGCCGGUGAGCUUCGGCAUGCCUUGGAUUUCCAGUAGUGCUGCCACUGCUGCUGGUAGUAUCUGAUUCAGCAAAGAAAAGUCAGCUCUUUUGUGAAGAAAACAAAAAUACAGAAGAAAAAAAAAACAG